AUGACUAACAAGUCGUUUUCAAGUGCGGCCGACGAGGAACUGGUGAUCUCUGCUACUUUCGGGAGCCUGCUGUCCGUCGUGUACAUCGUCGGAGUGUCCGGGAACGUGUACACGCUGGUAGUGAUGUGUCACUCCAUCCGCUUGGCCACGUCCAUGUACAUCUCCAUCAUCAACCUGGCUCUGGCGGACCUGCUCUACCUGUCCACCAUCCCCUUCGUGGUGUCCACCUACUUCCUCAAGGACUGGUACUUCGGCGACGCGGGCUGCCGCGUGCUGCUCAGCCUCGACCUGCUCACCAUGCACGCCAGCAUCUUCACGCUCACCGUCAUGUGCUCCGAGCGCUACCUGGCCGUCACCAAACCCCUGGACACGGCGCGCCGCUCCAAGAGUUACCGCAAGGCUCUGGCGUGGGGCGUGUGGCUCCUCUCCUUGCUCCUCACCGUGCCCAUGAUGCUGAUGGUGGCCCAGACCACCGCCAAGUCGCCGGACGGCGCCGUGAAGAGAGUGUGCGCGCCCACGUGGGCUCCCAAAGCCUACAAAUUCUACGUGACGCUCCUGUUCGGCACCAGCAUCAUGGCGCCGGGCCUCAUCAUCGGAUAUCUGUACGUCAAGUUGGCGCGCACCUACUUGGAGUCCCAGCGCAACGCGGUCAUCGGCCGAGGCGAAAACAAGAAGCGUUCGCCCAAACAAAAAGUUCUCCUCAUGAUCUUCACCAUCGUGCUUCUGUUCUGGGCCUGCUUCCUGCCCUUUUGGAUCUGGCAGCUGCUGCCGCUGUACCACGGCGAGCCGCUGAGUUUGGCCUCGAGGACGCACACUUGCAUCAACUACCUGGUGGCCAGCCUCACCUACACCAACAGCUGCAUCAACCCUUUCCUUUACACGCUGCUCACCAAGAACUACAGGGAGUACCUGAAGAACAGACACAGGAGCUUCUACAGGUACACAUCAUCGUUCAAGCAGCGGCCGCCCAGCUUGUAUUCGUGGGGAAAGUCAGCAUCCUCCAGCAACCAGUUCGAGUUCACAUCGGAGACGCUCGUCAUGGGGACGUUCAAGUGA